CUGGUCCCUUGCUGCGCCCGCCCGCCGCCUGCUCCGGUGCCUCAGCCCGGGAGCCGGCACCCCGGUGGGCCGGGGCCACCCGCCAGCUCUUCCCUUUCCCGGCCUUCGGGUCUCUGGGGCCCAAACCUUCCUCUUGCCCCCAACCCGAGCUCGCCUCCCCGGCAGCGCUCGGAUGGGCCCAGCCUUCGCAGGCCCCCACACCGGGAGCACCAUGUUCCCCCGCCCACUGACCCCGCUGGCGGCCCCAAAUGGCGCCGAACCCCUGGGCCGGGCGCUGAGGCGGGCCCCCUUGGGCAGAGCCCGGGCCGGGUUGGGGGGACCGCCCCUGCUGCUGCCGUCCAUGCUGAUGUUUGGCGUGAUCGUGGCCUCCAGUGGGCUGCUGCUCAUGAUUGAGCGGGGUAUCUUGGCGGAGAUGAAGCCCCUUCCCCUGCACCCUCCCAGCCGCGAGGGCGCGGCCUGGCGCGGGACAGUCCCAAAGUCUGGAGGGCUGUCCCUGGAUUCUGGGGACUCGGACUUGCAAGUUCGGCAGGACGUCCGGAACCGGACCUUGCGGGCAGUGUGUGGACAACCUGGCAUGCCCCGGGACCCCUGGGACUUGCCGGUGGGGCAGCGGCGCACCCUGCUGCGUCACAUUCUCGUAAGUGACCGCUACCGGUUCCUUUACUGCUACGUCCCUAAAGUGGCCUGCUCUAACUGGAAGCGGGUGCUGAAAGUGCUGGCAGGUGUUCUGGACAGCGUGGAUGUCCGCCUCAAGAUGGACCACCACAGUGACCUAGUGUUCCUGGCAGAUUUGCGACCUGAGGAGAUUCGAUACCGCCUACAGCACUACUUCAAGUUCCUAUUUGUGCGGGACCCCUUGGAACGCCUCCUCUCUGCAUACCGCAACAAGUUUGGCGAGAUCCGAGAGUACCAGCAACGCUAUGGAGCCGAGAUCGUGAAGCGGUACAGGGCUGGAGCUGGACCCAGCCCAGCAGGUGAUGAUGUCACCUUCCCGGAGUUCCUGAGAUACCUGGUGGAUGAGGAUCCUGAGCGUAUGAAUGAGCAUUGGAUGCCUGUGUACCACCUAUGCCAACCUUGUGCAGUGCGCUACGACUUUGUGGGCUCCUAUGAGAGGCUGGAGGCGGAUGCCAACCAGGUGCUGGAGUGGGUCCGGGCCCCACCCCAUGUCCGAUUCCCAGCUCGCCAGGCCUGGUACCGGCCUGCCAGCCCUGAAAGCCUGCACUAUCACCUGUGCAGUGCCCCAUGGUCCCUGCUGCAAGACGUGCUACCUAAGUAUAUCUUGGAUUUCUCUCUCUUUGCCUACCCACUGCCUAAUGUCACCAGGGAAGCCUGUCACCAAUGACAUUGGAUGCAGGGCCAGCAGCUUUUGGGGGCUGGUAUUGACAAUUCCAGCUUCUUGUCCUUCUGCUUGCCUUUCAGGAAAAACCUUGACUCUGGGGCUUAGGGCUUCUCUAGAUAUGUGCAUGUCAGGGGCUGCUCUCAGGAGUUCUUUGCCUAGAGUGGGUGCCUAGAGUGGCUCAGAAGGCAGAUUUUGACAGGAAGCCUGCUGCUUCCCAGCGGGGGAACUCUUGGAGGCCAGAAUGAUCCUUACUCUGGCAGAGCCAGACACCAGUUUGCUCAUGAGGAAAUACAUCUGAUCUAAAUAUUGGCCCCAGGCCUCCAGGGAUUGUACAGUUCCUGGUCCACCUUAAUUUUACCUGUGGCCAACCCCAGAUAUGACACCAGCAAGGAGCAUGAUCACAGCCAGAGUCCCUGUGGCUCUGACCCCACACUUGUCCAUCCCAUGUGCCUCAGGACUAAAGAGAGGACUUGUGCCUUAUAAAUGGCUUUUGUGCCUUUUUGCUCCAAACCCAGAAGUUCCUACACCUGCUAGAUUUCUUUUCAUUUUUCCACAGAAAGGAAAACUGAAGCAGAGCCUUGCCUCCUAGUUCCAAAACCAGGCCCUGGAGGCAUCCAAAGACCCCUGUGAUAAGCCUCUUCCAAGGGCCCUGGGAACCUCCUCUGUAAUCCUCUCCUCCCUGCAAGGCUUUUGGAGUUGUGACUGUGGCUAGUAUGUCUGGCUGCCACAUUUCUAGUGAAUUUAUUUAAAAAUUGUACUUUUUGAUAGAAUUUUUGUAAG